AUGCAGUUCCAAAGCACUCUGGUUCAUUUAAAGAACCCACCUCCGGGAUAUCAGCAGCCCGCCUUCGACUUUAUGGGCGGCCUCGAAGAACUCAAGCGUAACGUCAUAGCGGGAUUCUUCACAAGACAGUACGACUUUGAAGUCGCUCUGCAAUACCUGGUUUACGCCGUGAACGAUGCCCACGUUGACCUGUACGCGGACGACAUCCUCAAUCGCCAGGAGAACAAUCUCGAGACCCCGAUAUCCGCCGUGUCACACAUCAAUGACGAACCAGUCGCUGAGUAUCUCGCAAGAUUCGGGUCGCUGCAGUCAGUUGGCAUGCUUGAACCCCACGCCGACUGGAACGAACUCAUGGAUAGCCCUGUCCAAGACAUUCAGGGGAUAUUCAGCAUCUUCGCCGGCGCAAGCACUUUCUUUCCGGGCGAAACCAUCACAUUUUCCUUCGAAGACCCAAGCAUGGAAAAGGUGGAGUUACAUUGGCUAGCUGUCUACAACAUUGCAGAGUUCACAGGCCCUCUAGAAACCCCAGGCGACUUCUACAACUUCUUCGUCCUCGGUCUGCUGCCUGCUUCGUACUAUGAUGUUCCGCUCCCGGCAGUUUUCGGAGGCCCAUCUGGUACGGAAGACGUGUCCGCAGAUAGCGCAACAGAAGAUGCCCCUGCAGAUGGUGCAAUCGAAGACGGAGCGCCAGGCGGAGCGUCAGACGGUAGCUGGUACGAGACGAGCUUUCAUGCCUUCCCAGCAAAUCCAGAUGUUGUCCAGGAUGAUCUCGGUCUUGACGAAGGCGGAAUUCUUACCGGAUACUUCUAUGAAGACAUGUCCACAGGUAGCCAGCGACGGAGCCAUGAGCUCGGCAAUAUCUUAGGUUCGGCCACGACACGAUACUGGCAAAGCCUUGCAGCCAACACUGAUGAGAGGUCAGCACUUGUGGCAGACGAGUGGGUAAUUGCGACGCGGAUAAACGACGAGACUGGAAACAACUUCACUUCAUGGGAGGAGUACGAGGGACCCAGACGACAGGGGGAUGACGACUUUUCACUCGUGGAACGAUAUGAUCUGAAGAACCCGAGUUUUCAUACUGCUGCAUUUGAUGGAUGGCUCCUCACUCGGUAUCUGGAUGACAGCGAGAAGGAUGCUAGAGCGAUGUGGAAGCCCGAAGACGUAGUAGUCCCUGUGCUUUAUUUCUUGAACUAG